GCACGGAUUCUCACACACUCUCGGUGUACACUACCACCACCAAACGACCAUCAACAAGCGGCUCCCAGCGCCAGUGUCCCACGCAAUCAAUCGAACGUCAUCGGAGCUGUUAUCAAUCAAACCCCGCACCGUUCCGAAAAAGGGUUGAGUAGCCCGAGAAAAGCUCAGUAGCAUCCCGUGGAAGGCUUCUUCUGGCACGAAAAUGCCGAAAUGUGACGUUAAGACGAGAUACAUCCCUGCCACCUUCGCUUGGGCGCUGCUCCUCAGCACGACGUUCCUGUUCUUCUGGUACCCAUGUCGCCAGUUUUACAUCCACCGGCAUCCAUGGGUGCCGGCCUAUCAGGCCGUCAUUACGUUCUUCGUUAUUGCAAACUUCACAUUGGCGACGUUUAUGGAUCCUGGCGUGAUACCCAAGGCUCCACCGGAUGAGGAUCGGGAGGAUGAGUUCCGGGCGCCAUUGUACAAGAAUGCGGAAAUUAACGGCAUCACGGUGCGGAUGAAAUGGUGUGUGACGUGCAAGUUCUACCGACCACCGCGAUGUUCUCAUUGCUCUGUGUGCAACCACUGCAUUGAGACGUUCGAUCAUCACUGCCCGUGGGUGAACAAUUGCAUUGGCAGGCGGAACUAUCGGUUCUUUUUCUUCUUUCUCAUCUCCCUGUCGGUGCACAUGUUGAGCAUCUUCUCGCUAUCGCUCGUUUAUGUGCUGCAGAAAAAGGAUAAGCUGACCGAGGUGGAACCGAUCGUGGCGAUGAUUUUGAUGGCCAUAGUGACGCUGCUUGCGAUACCGAUCUUCGGAUUGACCGGUUUCCACAUGGUGUUGGUUUCACGAGGUCGUACUACCAACGAGCAGGUGACCGGGAAAUUUAAGGGCGGGUAUAAUCCGUUCUCUCGUGGCUGUUGGAACAAUUGCUGCUACACGCAGUGCGGUCCUCAGUACCCAAGUUUGCUUAAACCGCAAAAGUACGUGGCCCGCCGUUCGAACAAGGAAAAUCAAUCCAUCAGCACGAUUACAAAUGACGGUGGUCCUGGUGGGGGUGAUGGGGAGGCUGGUAGCUCCCGUCGCCGCCACAUGCCAACCGGUGGACCUGGUGGCCCCGGUUCCCAGCAGCAGCAACAGCAACAACAGCAACAGGCACUGAAUCAGGGUGGUGGCAUCUACGAUAAUAACCGGCAUACGCAGGUAAAAACCUAUAUGGAUCAUGGAAAUGGUCACGGUAUACGUACAGUUGGAUCCAGUCAUUACAGUAAGGCCGGGUCGGAUUACGUCCAUCUCGUAUCAUCCCAUUCCGUUUCGCUCAAGGCACUCGAACAAGGCACCACUGCGGACGAGCUGUCACCGGGCCGUGAGUGUUCCGACAUCGACAUGGAACCGCAGGCGUCCCAAAGCCGGGACUGCGAGCCAACACCUCCACUGCAGCGUCACGGCUCGAAAAGCAACUUCUUCCUGCCCCCGCUCGAUGGACCACCACCCGGUAUGUCCUCGCAGCCGGGAAUGGGCAGUGGAGGCGAUUCACCUCGCCAGCAACAGCAGCACAUGCGGAUGUACCACCCACGGCAUAGUCCUCAUCCACGACAGCGAGGGCUUGAUCCGUCUCGCAGCUUCACUCCUGAAGGGUUGUCGCCUGAUCAUCCUGGUGGACCUCCUCCUAUGAUCACGAUACAGUCGCAGCAGCAGCAACAGCAACAGCCAGGUGGAGGACCACGUGGUGGAGGACCUUCGUCGUCGGCAACACCUACGAUGCAGCAGCGCAUUAAGGCACUUGGAGUCGCCACACCACUAGCCAUGUCCAGCCCUGUGAGAAGAUCGAACCCUGGCACGCCGACCCAACCGAGACGGCCCGACUUCAUCAGUGUCGGCCAGCCUUCGCAACUGCAACAGCAGCAGCUCGGUGGCAGCGGCAGCAUGACCGGCAACUACUACGAUUUCCCGCUCCAGCCACAGCAACAGCAGCAGCAACAACUUCCGCCCCAACCGAUGGCCCUCCACCAGACGACAGGUCUACCACCGGCACAUCCAUACCAUCAACAGCAGCAGCAACAGCAGCAGCAACAGUACCCGAUGGUGCACCAUAACGGCGGUCUCGCCGGUCCUGGCGGUCAGCCAUCGCAGCAACCUCAACAACAGCAGCAACAGCUUCGGGGUGGUACGGCAGGUCCAACGGUCGUUUACCACCACGGAAGCCCUCAGCGGCGUUACCUUUCCGAGGGCGAGCUGGUGCGGCAGGGUGCCGAGUUGUCGUACGCCCGCAACAACCAAACGUCCGACAACAUCCGCGAGCUGGCCGGUAGCCCGCAGCGAGGAGUUUACCUUUGGAAGGACACCUCACCGGGCUUUAACCAGUCGAACGGUGGUCAACCGCCCGUCUCGGUGUACCAGAACACGCCCAGCCCUACGGCAGCACAUCAACAGCAACAGCAGCAGCAACAACAGCAGCAACAGAUGCCCCAGUCAAUGGCACCGUUCGGCACGGUGAGCGCUGCUCGCUAUCAACUCCAGCAACAGCAGCAGAACAGCGUUGUCGGGGGUGUGGGUGGGGGUGGAGGACUCGGCGCUUACCAUCCGGCGUUGCGGGGCGGUGUGCCCGUCUUCCCACCGCAACCCCCACCGUCCGCUAUGCAGCAGCAACAGCAGCAGCUGAUGGUCGGUGGUCAACACCUGCAGCAGUCGCAACAGCAGCAACCCGGGGUGGGGUUGAACGGUCCGGGUGUGACAGGGCCCCAGGCACCCUCCCCGUCCAUUAAGCGCAAGGCCACCCCUACCCGGCCCAUGUCCUUCGUGCGAGCCCUUGAGAUGACGGACUCGAUGGAGAUGGGAGGUGGCGCGCUUGGGGAUGGUGGUGGGGUAGCUUCCGGUUCUGCGCAACCGGGUACGGGUGGGUUGCGAGGAGGGCAAACAGUCACCGCCACCACCACCAACACCAACAGCCCACCGGACCAGCGUGCUAGUGUGUACGAUAUGAAUUAUGAGAUUUCCGUAUAAACCACCUCUCCACAUCAACCAAAUGCAGGGUGUGCGGGGCAGGCAGGGUGAGAGCGUAGAUAGAUAGCUAGAGAGAGAGAUAGAGAGAGAGAGAGGGAAAGGGACCCUCUACCCUUAAUCCUGGGUCACUCCCUAAUCGCCAACACACAAGCCAACUACACCUGCGUAUUCGAAAUCAAUCCUCCCUGAAUUAGCCCUGAAUAAGGACACUGAUUAAGGCUCAUAUAUAGAGCGCGAGGCUCCCGGAAGGCGCACGAUAUUUUGUGUCAGUUGCGUGUGUGUGCGUGGCUUUGAUUGGAGGAGGUUUUGGAGGUUAGGCAGAGAUUGCCAAGGUAGCUGAGGCCGCCAGUGCCCUGCAUGUGAGCGCGAUGUAACAGACUUAAAUUCGUAGAGGUGACGACCACCGCCACUCAUGCCGGGCGUGGGCUGCACCCAAAUCCUUUUUGCUAUUAUGUGUAUAUUUAUCUUUUUCUAUGCAUAUAUACGUAUACAUAUAUAGAUACAUACAUAUGUAAAACAUUAGCUAUAGUUACGAGAAUAGAUAAUCGUUGUUAUCUAGUGGUUAGGAAGUCGAUGCAGGUUCGAGGCCGCCAGCCGAUCGGCAAAACAUACCAAAAAAGGAAGAACAAGAAAAAGAAGCUGGGCACGUUAAGAGGGAAAGAGAUUUUCCCUGCUUUUAUGUGCGAUUUUCCGCACGAUCGGAACUGGUGCCAAUGUCGCCCUUUCCCGAAGUCCUUGAUUCGUAGGAUCUCUACGCUGCCGAAUAUUUGUGUGCUAUUUUUU